UCUUCAUAAUCGCAAAACGCAAGGCAAUUUCAAUAGCUCAGCUCGAGAAGAAACAAGGCGGAGACUGGAGAGUGAGAGCAAUGGCGUACCUGGCCACCAGGCGCAACUUCGCAUCGCUCCUUACCCGGACUGUUACUUCUUGUUAUUCAUCGCCUUCACUCUCUUCUCGUUCUCGCUUCGUUUUUUCUCUCCUAGACAAAAACCCACUGUUUCAACUCCUCCCGGAUUCUGUCAAAAUCCCUGCCCGAUUCAAAACUUCAGGGCCGGGUUACUCACCUCUGAACGACCCGUCUCCCAACUGGAGCAACCGGCCUCCAAAAGAAACGAUCCUCCUGGAUGGCUGCGACUAUGAACACUGGCUUAUCGUUAUGGAGUUCCCGACAGACCCAAAACCCUCCGAAGAAGAAAUGAUCAAUACCUACGUCAAAACUCUUGCUGCUGUUGUGGGCAGCGAGGAGGAGGCCAAGAAGAAGAUUUAUUCGGUUAGCACGGUAGCAUAUACUGGGUUUGGUGCUUUGAUUUCUGAGGAGCUUUCUCACAAAGUUAAAGGGCUGCCUGGUGUGCUGUGGGUUUUGCCAGAUUCAUAUCUUGAUGUUCCUAACAAGGAUUAUGGAGGGGAUUUGUUCGUCGAUGGGAAGGUCAUCCACAGGCCUAUAUAUUGGUAUAACCAGAGACAGCAAAGUAGGAACAGGCCUCGCCCAAGGUAUGAUAGGCGCCGUGAAACAAUGCAAGUUGAGAGGAGAGAGCCAAUACAAAGACCACCUUCGCAUGCUCAUGAAUCAGUGCAGGGUGCAAGGACAGAUUUGUCUGCGAACCAAGGGCAGCUUAACCGGGGUACUUGAGAAUUCACCAGAUAGUAGUUCUUUAGCAUGAGAUUUUUUGGUACUGGCAAAAAUUUAGAUCUUAGAAUGUCAAAAGAAGAAUUAUGUCAUUUUCCCUCCCUGUUGGCUACAAACUUGUUUCUUGC